GGCGCGAGGCCCGCCGACCCCCCCGGGACCCGCAGCUUCGCCGCUUGGCCGCCGGCGCGGCCCGGAGGCCCGAACCAUGGAAUCCGAGGAGGAGCAGCACAUGACCACGCUGCUGUGCAUGGGCUUCGCGGACCCCGCCGCCAUCCGCAAGGCCCUGCGCUUGGCCAAGAACGACAUCAACGAGGCCGUGGCGCUGCUCACCAACGAGCGGCCCGGCCUGGAGUACGGCGGCUAUGAGCCCAUGGACAGCGGCGGCGGCCCCAGUCCGGGGCCUGGCGGGGGUCCGCGGGGCGACGGCGGAGGCGACGGCAGCAGCGGCCCCUCCCGCGGCGGAAGCACCGGAGGCGGGGGCGGCUUUGACCCCCCGCCCGCCUACCACGAGGUGGUGGACGCGGAGAAGAAUGAUGAAAAUGGAAACUGCUCAGGAGAAGGAAUUGAAUUCCCUACCACAAAUUUAUAUGAACUGGAAAGCCGUGUUUUGACUGAUCACUGGUCCAUCCCUUACAAGCGAGAGGAAUCACUAGGCAAGUGCCUGCUGGCGUCCACCUACUUAGCACGACUUGGUCUUUGUGAAUCUGAUGAGAAUUGUAAAAGAUUUAUGGAUAGGUGUAUGCCUGAAGCAUUUAAAAAGCUCCUGACAUCUAGUGCUGUUCACAAGUGGGGUACUGAAAUUCAUGAAGGCAUCUACAACAUGUUGAUGCUAUUGAUAGAAUUGGUUGCAGAGAGAAUAAAACAAGAUCCAAUUCCCAUUGGUCUCCUGAGUGUGCUUACAAUGGCUUUCAAUCCUGAUAAUGAAUACCAUUUUAAAAACAGAAUGAAAGUAUCUCAGAGGAAUUGGGCAGAAGUGUUUGGAGAGGGAAGUAUGUUUGCUAUUUCACCAGUAUCUACUUUUCAAAAGGAGCCUCAUGGAUGGGUUGUAGAUUUGGUAAAUAAGUUUGGAGAACUAGGUGGAUUUGCAGCAAUACAAGCCAAGCUUCAUUCAGAAGAUAUAGAACUUGGGGCAGUCUCAGCGUUGGUACAGCCGCUGGGAGUGUGUGCAGAGUACCUUAACUCCUCAGUGGUGCAGCCCAUGCUAGACCCAGUCAUUCUCAAUACCAUCGAAGAUGUACGAAGUGUAGAGGAGAAGGACCUCAAAGACAAGAGAUUGGUUAGCAUCCCUGAGCUCCUGUCCGCCAUUAAGUUACUUUGCAUGCGCUUCCAGCCGGAUCUCGUCACCGUUGUGGAUGACCUGAGACUAGACAUCCUCUUGCGCAUGCUGAAAUCACCACAUUUUAGUGCUAAAAUGAAUUCUCUCAAGGAGGUAACCAAAUUAAUUGAAGACAGCACUUUAUCCAAAUCUGUGAAGAAUGCCAUAGACACAGACAGGUUAUUGGAUUGGCUAGUAGAAAACUCAGUUCUAUCAAUUGCAUUAGAGGGUAACAUAGACCAGGCACAGUAUUGUGAUCGUAUAAAAGGAAUUAUUGAACUCUUGGGUAGUAAAUUAUCUUUAGAUGAGCUCACUAAAAUUUGGAAGAUCCAGUCAGGACAAUCAUCCACCGUGAUUGAGAAUAUUCAUACCAUUAUUGCUGCAGCAGCUGUGAAAUUUAACUCAGAUCAGCUUAAUCAUUUGUUUGUUCUCAUUCAGAAGAGCUGGGAGAUAGAGAGUGAUAGGGUGAGACAGAAGCUGUUGAGCCUCAUAGGACGAAUAGGCCGGGAAGCUCGUUUUGAAACCACUUCUGGAAAGGUGUUAGAUGUGCUUUGGGAACUGGCUCAUCUGCCCACCCUGCCUAGCAGCCUCAUUCAGCAAGCCUUGGACGAGCACCUGACAAUCCUUAGUGACGCAUAUGCAGUGAAAGAAACAAUCAAGAAGAGCUACAUCAUCAAGUGCAUAGAAGAUAUUAAAAGGCCUGGAGAAUGGUCAAGUUUGGAUAAAAACAAGAAAGAUGGAUUCAAGUCAUCUCAGCUUAAUAAUCCUCAGUUUGUAUGGGUGGUACCAGCUUUGCGUCAGCUCCAUGAAAUUACCCGCUCAUUUAUAAAACAAACCUAUCAAAAGCAAGACAAGAGCAUUAUUCAAGAUUUGAAGAAAAAUUUUGAAAUAGUCAAAUUAGUAACUGGAAGUUUGAUUGCUUGCCAUCGACUUGCAGCAGCUGUGGCUGGACCUGGAGGACUCACCGGUUCGACCCUAGUGGAUGGCCGUUACACUUACCGGGAGUAUUUAGAGGCACAUCUAAAAUUUCUGGCGUUUUUCUUACAAGAAGCUACUCUGUAUCUGGGUUGGAAUCGUGCCAAGGAAAUCUGGGAAUGCCUUGUGACCGGCCAAGAUGUUUGUGAAUUAGAUAGAGAGAUGUGUUUUGAAUGGUUUACAAAAGGGCAGCAUGAUCUCGAGAGUGACGUGCAGCAGCAGCUCUUCAAGGAGAAAAUUCUUAAGUUGGAGUCCUAUGAGAUCACGAUGAAUGGUUUUAACUUAUUUAAGACUUUUUUUGAAAAUGUGAAUCUCUGUGAUCAUCGAUUGAAAAGGCAAGGAGCUCAGUUGUAUGUAGAAAAGCUGGAGUUGAUAGGAAUGGAUUUCAUUUGGAAGAUAGCCAUGGAAUCACCUGAUGAAGAAAUUGCUAAUGAAGCUAUUCAGUUAAUUAUAAACUAUAGUUAUAUUAACUUAAAUCCUAGAUUAAAGAAGGAUUCCGUGUCUUUACAUAAGAAAUUCAUUGCUGAUUGUUACACAAGAUUAGAAGCGGCCAGCUCAGCCCUUGGCGGCCCUACUCUAACACAUGCUGUGACCAGAGCAACGAAAAUGCUUACGGCAACCGCCAUGCCAACUGUGGCAACGUCCGUUCAGUCACCAUACAGGUCCACGAAACUUGUAAUAAUUGAGAGAUUGCUGCUUCUGGCAGAACGUUAUGUGAUCACUAUAGAGGACUUUUACUCUGUUCCUCGAACUAUUCUACCUCAUGGUGCCUCAUUUCAUGGACAUCUUUUAACUCUUAAUGUUACCUAUGAGUCUACCAAAGAUACCUUCACUGUAGAGGCUCACAGUAAUGAAACCAUAGGGAGUGUCCGAUGGAAGAUAGCCAAGCAGUUGUGCUCUCCUGUGGAUAAUAUACAGAUCUUUACAAAUGACAGUCUGCUGACAGUGAAUAAAGAUCAAAAACUACUCCACCAGCUGGGCUUUUCUGAUGAACAAGUCCUUACGGUAAAGACUUCAGGCAGCGGGACCCCAUCUGGGAGCUCAGCAGAUUCCUCCACCAGCUCCAGCAGCAGCAGCAGUGGGGUUUUUAGUUCAUCAUAUGCCAUGGAGCAGGAGAAAUCUCUUCCUGGUGUUGUCAUGGCACUUGUGUGCAAUGUAUUCGACAUGCUUUACCAGCUUGCCAAUCUAGAGGAGCCAAGAAUAACUCUCCGAGUUCGAAAGCUUCUGCUUUUGAUACCCACUGAUCCAGCCAUCCAGGAAGCCCUUGAUCAGCUUGAUUCUUUAGGAAGAAAGAAGACAUUACUCUCUGAAUCAAGUUCUCAGUCAUCAAAAUCUCCUUCGCUCUCUUCAAAGCAGCAGCAUCAACCUAGUGCCAGUUCAAUUUUAGAAAGUCUGUUUCGAUCUUUUGCUCCAGGAAUGUCCACCUUCAGAGUGCUCUACAACUUAGAAGUGCUGAGCUCUAAACUCAUGCCAACAGCUGAUGAUGACAUGGCAAGAAGCUGUGCCAAAUCCUUCUGUGAGAACUUCCUCAAAGCAGGAGGCUUGAGUUUGGUUGUAAAUGUUAUGCAGAGGGAUUCCAUCCCAUCAGAAGUAGACUAUGAAACUAGGCAAGGUGUUUAUUCCAUCUGUCUGCAACUUGCAAGGUUUUUGCUUGUUGGACAAACAAUGCCCACAUUAUUAGAUGAAGACCUCACCAAAGAUGGCAUAGAAGCACUUUCUUCUCGCCCAUUCCGAAAUGUCAGCCGACAGACCAGCAGGCAGAUGUCCUUGUGUGGCACUCCAGAAAAGUCAUCCUACCGGCAGUUGUCAGUGUCUGACCGAUCCUCUAUCAGAGUCGAGGAAAUCAUCCCUGCAGCCCGGGUUGCGAUUCAAACGAUGGAAGUAAGCGAUUUCACUUCUACUGUGGCGUGUUUCAUGAGAUUGUCAUGGGCGGCAGCGGCAGGACGCCUUGACCUUGUUGGAAGUAGCCAGCCAAUUAAAGAAAGUAAUUCGCUGUUUCCUGCUGGAAUUAGAAACAGACUCAGCAGUUCAGGAAGCAAUUGCAGCUCUGGGAGUGAAGGAGAACCAGUAGCUCUGCAUGCAGGAAUCUGCGUUCGACAACAGUCUGUAUCCACCAAAGACUCACUGAUUGCAGGAGAGGCCUUGUCUCUUUUGGUUACGUGCCUACAGCUUCGCAGCCAACAGCUGGCAUCUUUUUAUAACUUGCCCUGUGUUGCUGAUUUUAUCAUUGAUAUUCUACUUGGAUCCCCAAGUGCUGAGAUUCGCCGUGUUGCCUGUGACCAACUGUAUACUCUCAGUCAGACAGAUACUUCAUCUCACCCAGAUGUACAGAAACCAAAUCAGUUUCUUCUAGGUGUUAUCCUCACGGCUCAGCUGCCUCUCUGGUCUCCAACCAGUAUUAUGAGAGGAGUCAAUCAGAGACUGUUAUCUCAAUGUAUGGAGUAUUUUGAUCUGAGGUGCCAAUUGUUGGAUGACCUGACAACUUCCGAAAUGGAACAGUUAAGAAUCAGCCCAGCCACCAUGCUGGAAGAUGAGAUUACUUGGCUGGAUAACUUUGAACCGAAUCGCACAGCUGAAUGUGAGACCAGUGAAGCAGACAACAUCUUAUUAGCUGGACACUUGCGACUCAUUAAGACCCUUCUUUCACUCUGUGGAGCAGAAAAGGAAAUGCUUGGCUCAUCACUCAUUAAACCAUUGUUAGAUGACUUCCUUUUCCGAGCUUCUAGAAUUAUUUUAAAUAGUCACUCUCCAGCUGGCAGUGCCGCCAUCAGUCAACAGGACUUUCAUCCAAAAUGCAGUACAGUGAAUAGCCGAUUGGCAGCCUAUGAAGUCCUUGUAAUGUUGGCUGAUAGCUCACCUUCAAAUCUUCAAAUCAUCACAAAAGAACUACUUUCUAUGCAUCAUCAGCCUGACCCUGCCCUCACCAAGGAGUUUGAUUACCUCCCCCCAGUAGACAGCAGGUCCAGCUCAGGCUUUGUGGGACUGAGGAAUGGAGGCGCUACCUGCUACAUGAAUGCAGUUUUCCAGCAGCUGUAUAUGCAACCUGGUCUUCCUGAGUCAUUACUUUCAGUGGAUGAUGACACAGACAAUCCAGAUGAUAGUGUGUUCUACCAAGUACAGUCUCUCUUUGGGCAUUUGAUGGAAAGCAAGCUGCAGUAUUACGUACCUGAGAACUUUUGGAAGAUUUUCAAGAUGUGGAACAAAGAACUCUAUGUCCGAGAACAGCAGGAUGCAUAUGAAUUCUUUACUAGUCUUAUUGAUCAGAUGGAUGAAUACCUCAAGAAAAUGGGAAGAGACCAGAUUUUCAAGAAUACUUUCCAGGGCAUCUACUCUGAUCAGAAGAUCUGUAAAGAUUGUCCUCACAGAUAUGAGCGUGAAGAAGCUUUCAUGGCGCUCAAUCUAGGAGUGACAUCUUGUCAGAGUUUGGAAAUUUCUUUGGAUCAGUUUGUUAGAGGAGAAGUUCUAGAGGGAAGUAAUGCGUAUUACUGUGAAAAGUGUAAAGAGAAGAGAAUAACAGUGAAGAGGACCUGUAUUAAGUCUCUACCUAGCGUCUUAGUAAUUCACCUGAUGAGAUUUGGAUUUGACUGGGAGAGUGGACGUUCCAUUAAAUAUGAUGAACAAAUAAGGUUUCCCUGGAUGCUAAACAUGGAGCCUUACACAGUUUCAGGAAUGGCUCGCCAAGAUUCAUCUUCUGAAGUUGGUGAAAAUGGACGAGGUUUAGAUCAGGGAGGUGGAGGAUCCCCACGGAAAAAAGUGGCCCUCACAGAGAACUAUGAGCUUGUUGGUGUCAUUGUGCACAGUGGACAGGCACACGCGGGACACUACUACUCCUUCAUUAAGGACAGGCGAGGGUGUGGAAAAGGAAAGUGGUAUAAAUUUAAUGACACAGUUAUAGAAGAGUUUGACCUAAAUGAUGAAACCUUGGAGUAUGAAUGCUUUGGUGGAGAAUACAGACCAAAAGUUUAUGAUCAAACAAAUCCAUACACUGAUGUCCGCCGAAGAUACUGGAAUGCUUACAUGCUCUUCUAUCAACGGGUGUCUGAUCAGAACUCCCCAGUGUUGCCAAAGAAAAGUCGAGUCAGCGUUGUGAGGCAGGAAGCCGAGGAUCUAUCUCUGUCAGCUCCAUCUUCACCAGAAAUUUCACCUCAGUCAUCUCCUCGGCCCCAUAGGCCUAACAAUGACCGGCUCUCUAUUCUAACCAAGUUGGUUAAAAAAGGAGAGAAAAAAGGACUUUUUGUGGAGAAAAUGCCUGUUAGAAUAUACCAGAUGGUGAGAGAUGAAAACCUCAAAUUUAUGAAGAAUAGAGAUGUGUACAGUAGUGACUAUUUCAGUUUUGUUUUGUCUCUAGCUUCAUUGAAUGCUACUAAAUUAAAGCAUCCUUAUUAUCCUUGCAUGGCAAAGGUGAGCUUACAGCUUGCCAUCCAAUUCCUUUUUCAGACUUACCUACGGACAAAGAAAAAACUCAGGGUCGACACUGAAGAAUGGAUUGCCACUAUUGAAGCAUUACUUUCAAAAAGUUUCGAUGCUUGUCAGUGGCUAGUUGAAUAUUUUAUUAGUUCUGAAGGACGGGAGCUAAUAAAGAUUUUCUUGCUGGAGUGCAAUGUGAGAGAAGUACGCGUUGCUGUCGCCACCAUUCUGGAGAAAACUCUAGAUAGUGCCUUGUUCUAUCAGGAUAAGUUAAAAAGCCUUCAUCAGUUACUAGAAGUACUGCUUGCUCUGUUGGAUAAAGAUGUUCCAGAAAAUUGUAAAAACUGUGCUCAGUACUUUUUCCUAUUCAACACUUUUGUACAAAAGCAAGGUAUUCGAGCUGGAGACCUGCUCCUGAGACAUUCAGCUCUGCGGCACAUGAUCAGCUUCCUCCUCGGGCCCACUCGGCAGAACAAUCAGAUACGCAGAUGGAGUUCAGCACAAGCACGAGAAUUUGGGAAUCUUCACAAUACAGUGGCAUUACUGGUUUUACAUUCAGAUGUCUCUUCCCAAAGGAAUGUUGCUCCUGGGGUAUUUAAACAGCGGACGCCCAUUAGCGUUGCUCCCUCCAGCCCUCUGCUGCCCCUCCAUGAAGAAGUUGAAACCUUGUUGUUCCUGUCUGAAGGGAAGCCUUACCUGUUAGAGGUGAUGUUUGCUUUGCGAGAGCUGACAGGCUCACUCUUGGCCCUCAUUGAGAUGGUGGUGUACUGCUGCUUCUGUAACGAGCAUUUUUCCUUCACUGUGCUGCAUUUCAUUAAGAACCAACUAGAAACCGCUCCACCCCAUGAAUUAAAGAAUACGUUCCAGCUUCUACAUGAGAUUUUGGUCAUCGAAGACCCCAUACAAGUGGAGCGAGUCAAAUUUGUGUUUGAGACAGAAAAUGGGUUACUAGCGUUGAUGCACCACAGUAAUCAUGUGGACAGCAGUCGCUGCUACCAGUGUGUCAAAUUUCUUGUGACUCUUGCUCAAAAGUGUCCUGCUGCUAAGGAGUAUUUUAAGGAGAAUUCCCACCAUUGGAGUUGGGCCGUACAGUGGUUACAGAAGAAGAUGUCAGAACAUUACUGGACACCACAGAGUAAUGUCUCUAAUGAAACAUCAACUGGAAAAACCUUUCAGCGAACAAUUUCCGCUCAGGACACAUUAGCAUAUGCCACUGCUUUGUUGAAUGAAAAAGAGCAAUCAGGAAGCAGUAAUGGGUCGGAGAGCAGCCCUGCCAAUGAGAAUGGAGAGAGGCAUUUACAGCAGGGCUCCGAGUCGCCCAUGAUGAUUGGCGAGUUACGAGGUGACCUUGAUGACGUAGAUCCUUAA